CAUCACCAUGACGCGCGUAUACGCAGACGACAACGCCCUCCCCACCGGCUGGCGGACGCGGCAACCCGGCACGGCCAUCUGGCUAUUCAUCUCCGUCCUCUACCUCUCCCUCCUUGCCCUCUUCUAUAGCAUCUACUACAUCGCCCCUCCCCUCCGCCAAUCCUCCACCUGGACCUACCGCCAGGCCUUCACCACGCGCUUCUCGAAACUCGCCGUGAACGUCGUCUACCAGAUCGGCUUCAGCCAAUCUCUAACCCUCGACCCGGGCAGCCUCGGCGACCGCUUCGUACUAAUGCACCCCGCCGCCGCCGAGUGCUACCGUGGACCCCUCGCCAGCAAAACCACCAAGCCCGAAACCAUCGGCGGAACAUGGUAUCCUUCCCCGCCGCCCAAACCAUCGCCCUCCCCCUCCUCUUCCACCUCCACAACAACAACCACCACAACCGACGAUGGCAAAAGCCUCAUCGUCCUCUCCUUCCACGGCAGCGCCUUCCUCUGGCUGAACGGCCGCCCCGACGACUCAGGCUACACCGCCGACCUCCUCAACAACACCCUAGGCCCCAACACGCGCUCGCUCUGGAUCCAAUACCGUCUCGCAGGAGGCGACAAUCCCACCCCCUUCCCGGGACCCAUCCAAGACGCCCUAACCGCCUACCUCUACCUCAUCAACGACCUGCACAUCUCCCCCUCCCGCAUCGUCCUAGCCGGCGACUCCGCCGGCGCCACCAUGGCAGUCGCUCUCCUCCGCUACCUCGCCUCCUUCGACCCCCACUCCGUUCCCGGCCACCCCCUCUCCGACCUCCCUCCCCCGCGCGCCUGCCUCCUCUUCUCCCCCUCCGUCGAAUACACCUUCGAAGGCGACGCCCACGCCUGGGACUCCCACCGCAACGCACCCACCGAUUACUGUGACGGCACGCUGGCCGCGUGGGGCGCUCGCGUGUUUGCACCCCCCGAUGUCGUGAGAUUCGAUGACCCGUAUCUCUCGCCGGCGUUGUUUCCGUUUGCCACCCCGGUGCCGAUUUUCGUUCAGGUGGGCGGCGCGGAGGUGCUCUGUGAUAGUGCGAAGGGCUUCGUGAGGAAUAUGGCAGAGGUCCCGGGGAAUCGCCUGCAGUUGUUGGAGAUGCCUGGCCUGCCGCAUGAUAUCUAUAUGAUUGGGAUGUAUUUGGGGUGGAAGGAGGAGCAGAGUGAGAUGAUUAGGGAGGCGGCGAGGUUCGCGAUCGCUGGUUAGGCCGAGCUGUUACGUGAGCGGUGUGUGCAUUCUUUGUUUUUGAGGCCAGGUGUAUUCCAUUUUUCUGCAGGGGUUGUUCUUGUUGCAGCGGGGUGUUUUAUCGGGGUUGGGCGGAUUUCAAUUUGUUUAUAUUGUACCAUAUGCUAGAGAUAUCCCUUUUGUACCUAGUUGAUAUGGCAUUCGAUCUACUCCAGUUUGCGGGUGCGGUCGCAACCGAGCAGCAUAUUUACCCUCAAACUUACUAUGGAGCCAGUCGUGAUGGAUCUGGGCACCUGAAUUUGAAGUUGGAAAUCCCGAUGUUUGGUGGUGAGGAUGGGGAGGAUGGGGGCCAUUGAUGCAAUCAUCUUUGGUUUGGUAG